AGACGUAGAUAUCACUUCGCCCUCUUCGUGUUUGUCGCAUAAAAAUGGGAAAGUAACUAAACACACUGUAGUUCGCUAUUUUGAAUUUACUUUUGUGACCAAUCUGAAUAAAAAAAUAUCUGGUGUUAAUACAAAAUGUAGGGUUGGCAAGAGAGUCAAGUGACAACUAUAAUCAUCGUGAAAAAAUAACAGUGAUCACGAUUCUCAAAAAUGCCAAGAUAAUAAAAUAAUAGUGUCAAAAUGAGCAAGCUAAGCGUGUUAGGCGGUGGCGAAGCUUGUGGUGCGAGAUGGACUCUGGGGGCGCUUCUCUUAGCGCCGCUCGCUGCCGCUAACUCUAGCUACUGUGCUGUGCCUGCUAUCUUACUAUUGGGCAGUUUUACUGUGUUAGCAACGUUUACUUGCCGAGAUCUAAAGAAAUUAGCAGAAUUGUUGCCCCCUUCUAAAACAGCUAGAGGUCGCAGAGAAAGAAAUCUACGUUCUUUUGGUGAUUUCAUGGCUAUGUGGAUGUGUUUUCUCUCUCAUCUGGUAGCAGUUGCUGUUUGCGCUAGGAUUCUUAGUGCUACAGCUGAUCAUGUAACUGGCGGAAGGACAAGAAGAUGGUUAUUUGGAUAUGAAACAAGAUCCUUGGGAGAACCCUGGCCCGAUGUAUUGGGGGUAACUGUUGUGAUGGUCGUAUGUGCCAUGUUUAUGUGCGGCUUAGAGGAGAGUAUGAUGUUCACAUUUAUGCUAUUGAUUGUCCUUUAUAUAUUUAGCCAAUGCUUUGCUAUAUUUGGAUUAAUAAACUUGGACAUAACCAAUAUAAAAAUACCAAUCCCUAUAACUGUUUAUGAGCUGUUUGCUGCGGGAGCGCCGAUUUCGUAUGCCUUUUGUGUCGUAUCGCCGCCAAAAGAGAAUGAGACAUUAAAAAAGAAAUUAAUAGUAAUGGUUAUUUUACCAACAAUCGUGCUCAGCAGCUUAUGUUUUCUCUACACUAAUAUGUUAAAAGGAACUAGUAUUGACGCCGCUUUACCCGUCACUACAUUAUUGGAAGCAAGAGCAGCAGCUUGGAUUUGUCCUGUAUUGGCUGCUAUAACCGUUGCCGGAGUUUGCUUAGCGUUAACGGAGCUUUGUCCAAUACUUUUCUCCGUGCUAGUUGCCUUAGCGUCGCCAGAAUGGAAGGUAUUAACAAGAUCAAUGACCUAUGAAAGCACCACUACUGGGAGCCCGGUAUUGGCUGUUUUUACUGCAGGCAGUCUCGCUGCGAUUCUCGCAUUUGCUUGUCCCUUGUCACAUAUGAUAACGCUAAUGAAUGCUAGUCAUUUACUAAGUGUUUCUAUACAAGCGUUCCAUUUUAUUGUUAUGCAAUGUGUUCCUACGACUGAGCAAAUGGAAGCUGGAGACGUAGAGUACAAACGACUUGGUAAUGAAAAUCCGUUACGAGCAGCAAAGUCAUCUGAGAAAAAAGCUAAGCGUGGCUUAUGGUUCAUACCAUCAGCUAUUCGCCAUACUAAAACUUUAGAAAGCAUAAAAUCAAAAGUAGGAAAAGAAACAGAAGAUCGUGAAUGUCUUCUCCUAGAUGAAUAUUCAGGCUGUCCAACAGAAGAGACUGAUCAAGCUACAAGUGGAAGUAGUGGAAUAAGAGUUCUAACAUUGGCGCAAGAAGAAGACAUGGCAUCGGAUUUGGAACCAAGCGAUGGGGAAAUGUCAUCGGGUGACGAUUCGACGGAUAUUGAUGCGGUUGUCAAAGAAUACAGAGAUAGGAUACAGGUGGUAACAGCAAUUCCUGAAGCUAACCUACCUACUCCUCCGUGCAUGCGUGGAGCACGCUGGUCGGCAGUCGGCGCAUUAAUACAAGUUCUUGCAAACGCAUUCAUUGCUGUUGCAUUCUGUGAUGAAGCCUUACGAGUACCUAUGUUUACGACUGGCAUAAUAUUAUGGCUAAGCGGUACGCUUAUAAGUACCUGGCAACCUGCUCACAUUAUUGGCAUCAAGCGAUUUCAGAAAUUACAAGGGCCAAUCACAAUGACGUUAUCCUUGCUGUUUCUUACUCCACUACUUCUUAGCUCUUGGCCUGCAAUAAUUCUCUUCGCUGGGGCUGGAGUUGUUAUAUAUGCUCGCUGUGAACGUUGGUGCGGAGACCUUGCGGUGCAACAAGCAAGGAGUACCAUUGAAAGGCGCAAGAUAAGGCAUGUUUCAACGGCUGUACCUCUCACUGGCACACGUCUCACCCACAUAGACACCGUUUAUAUUGCAAGAUGACAAGAAGAUGACUCGGACACGAGUCUGGAUAAUCUAAUAGAUGAAGAAGACCCCGAUGCUGAAAUUGAAUGACAUGUACCGAAAACGAUUAUAAUCGUCACUGAAUAGAGAAUUCUAUUAAAACACUAUACCAAAAACCGUUAACCAGUCCUGGUGUUAAAUCCAAUAGAAAUGUAUAAACAUGUUGUUAAAGAAUAUUUGCAAAAAUAAUAUUGUCAAUUUAAAAUAGCCUAAUUUAGAAUAUUAAUAUUCUAGCAGUGUUAACGAGUUAAUAAACGGAGAAGUAGGCAUAUAAAUAUUCAUUUUACAUUCGAGUAUGCAUAUUAAAUAAUUAUAACGCUUGUCCUUUUAAAAUACUUCAAAAAAUUUUAAUACUAAAUUGUAAGUUUCCUAACAUCAUCGCAAUUAGUCAAAUUAAUUAUUUAUAUACGCGCUCGAUGUAUUUAUUAUCAAAAGUAAUGAUUAAGAUAUAAAAAUCAUCCGUCCAUAAAGUUGCAUUAUAGUAAAUACAUACUUCAAAUUAUGUGGUUAAGAAA